AGAGCCGAGCCGACAGAAGAGUCCUAAUACAAAACCCUGUUCUCAUCAUCUGCUCUCAAAACCCUUUCUCCCAAGUUUUCUCAAACUCUCUCUCUCUCUCUCUCUCAUGAAUUCAAGAAAUUCUCACUUGGCUCAUUGUUGUGUUUUUUGCAAAUCCAUAUGAGAUGUUUAAGAAGAGGUCUAAUUCACACUACCUCUUCUUCUUCUUCUUCAACAACACAACCAGAAGAGCUUUCAAUACAUGUCCAUGUCCUCUUCCUCUUGAACCUCCAAUUCCCUCAAUUUCAACCUCUACAACUGACCACAGAACCCUAUGCCUUUCCCUAAUCGAUCGCCUCAUUCGCCGCGGCUCUUUCUCCUCUGCACAGCAAGUCGUUCAACGAAUCAUUAUGCAGUGUUCCUCACUCCCUGACGCAAUCUCGGCCGUCGAUUUUGUCACAAAUCGAGGUAUGGAGCUUGACCCAUCUAGCUAUGGUGCCCUUAUUCAAAAACUUGUGUGUUUUGGUGAAUAUCAGGUGGCUAAGGAGCUGUAUAUUGAUAGCAUUAUAAGCAGAGGUGUUUGUCCUGAUUCAUUUUUGUUGGAUUCUAUGGUGAUUUGUUAUUGUAAAUUAGGAGAAUUGGAAGAAGCAAAAACCCAUUUUGAUAGGCUUAUUUCAAUGAAAUCUGUUCAUUUUAAAGGGGCUUGUAAUGCUCUCCUUGGGGAGCUCUGUGCCCAAGAUAGAGUCUUGGAGGCUCUACAGUACUUUAGUGGGGUCAGUGAUGCUGGUAGUCUUCUGGGUUAUUGGUGUUAUAAUAUGCUGGUUGAUGGGUUGUGCCUCAAGGGACAUUUAAAUGAAGCCAUGUAUGUGUUUGAUAUAAUGCAUGAGAGAGGGAUUCCAUGUACUGUUCAUUUGUACAAGUCAUUGAUUUAUAGUUUUUGUAAGAGAGGGUGGGUUGAAGAGGCCGAGUUGCUGAGUACAGAAAUGGAGUCUCAAGGUCUUUUUAUGGAUAAAGUUAUGUACACUACUCUUAUUAAUGGAUACAGAAAGAGCAAGAAAAUGAAAAUGGCUAUGAGGUUGUUUUUUAAAAUGCUUAAGACGGGGUGUGAGCCCGAUAUUUAUACUUACAACACAUUAAUACAUGGGUUUGUUAAUUUGGGUUUGCAAGAAAAAGGUUGGAUUUUACAUGAUCAGAUGGAAGAAUUGGGAAUAAAACCAAACGCAGUAACUUAUCACAUUAUGAUUAGAAACUACUGUAAGGAGGGGAAAGCUGAUUGUGCUUUAAUGCUUUUGGAUAACAUGUGUCAAAAAGGUAUAGCUCCGACUGUGCACAGUUACACAGCCUUAAUUUCUGCACUUUAUGAGGAGAAGCGUGUAAUGGACGUUGAUAACAUGUACUACAAGAUGCUAAAUAGUGGGGUUGUGCCUGAUCAUCUACUGUUUUUUACUCUUAUGAAGAUGUACCCAAAGGGGCAUGAGUUUACUAUUGCCCUCAUGCUAUUACAGGCAGUUGCCAAGGUUGGGUGUGGUAUUGACCCUUCUUCCUUUUUUGCGUUUGAUACUUCUGACCCUACUAGAGAUUUGGAGCUAAAAAUUGAGCAUCUGCUGGGGGAAAUUGUGGAAAGCAACUCUAAUUUAGCUCUUGUGGCUUUUAGCAUUUAUAUACUUGCAUUGUGUGCAGCAGGAAAAUCUGAAGUUGCUUUCCUUUGCAUGGAUAAAAUGGUUAGUCUUGGAUGCCGACCUUUGCUUUCUACUUACAACUCCUUGAUCAAGUGUCUUUGCCAAGAGGGGCGUGUAGAGGAUGCCAAAUCUCUAUAUGACCUCAUGCAAGAUCAGGGAAUAGUUCCAAAUCUGGCUACUUUCUUAAUAUUGGUCAAUGAACAUUGUAAGUGUGGUGACUUGGCAUCAGCUUUUGAUUUUCUGGAUCAAAUGGAUGAGAGGGGACUGAAGCCUAGUGUUGCUAUUUAUGAUUCUAUUAUUGGUUGUUUAAGCAAACAAAAAAGAAUAUCUGAAGCACAAGAUAUUUUUAAGUGGAUGCUUGAGUCUGGUGUUGAUCCUGAUGAGGUCAUUUAUGUCACAAUGAUAAAUGCUUAUUCCAAGAAUGGAGGAGCUGUUCAAGCCCAGCAACUAUUUGAUAAGAUGGUAGAAUCUGGCAUCCGCCCAAGUUUUCGUGCGUACACUGCACUCAUAAAUGGGUUAGUCAAGAAAAACAUGAUUGCGAAGGGUUGUGUGUACCUUGAUAGAAUGUUGGAAGAUGGUUUUUUGCCAAAUAAUGUCCUUUAUACAUCUCUUAUCAAUCAAUUUUUGAGGAAGGGAGAGUUAGAAUUUGCCUUUAGAUUGGUUGAUUUGAUGGAAAAUUGCCAGAUUGAGCAUGAUUUGAUCACUUAUAUCACAUUAGUUAGUGGCGUUGGCAGAAACAUGGCUUGCAUCAAAAGAAGUUGGCAUACUCAUAAAAAUGCUGAAAGGAUGAGGGAAGUGUUGUUUCAUUUGCUCCAUCAGAAAAGUUUGGUGCCAUGGAAAAAUAAUUUGAGAAUUUCUUUCAAGUCUCUUGAGGAAAUAAAAUUCAUUGCUUUAAGGUUAAUGAAAAAAGUUGAAGGCACUCGAUUUAUGCCAAAUUUGUACCUGUAUAAUGGCAUGAUUUAUGGACUUUGUUGGGCAAACAUGAUGCAGGAUGCAUAUGAGCAUAUUGAAUCGAUGCAAAGAAACGGUGUGCAUCCCAAUCAGGUGACUUUUACAAUUCUCAUUGAAGGGCAUAUCCAAUUCGGUGAAACUGAUCAUGCUAUUGGGUUGUUCAAUGAGAUGAAUGCCAAUGGUUGUAUUCCAGAUAGAAUGGUGUACAACAGCUUGAUAAAAGGCCUCUGUAAGGCUGGUAGACUACGCGAUGCAUUGUCGUUGUCACAUACAAUGUAUAAAAGAGGGUUUUCUCCUUGCAAGGCUUCUUAUGAAAACCUACUCAAUAUGCUUUGCACCAGUCGUCUGAGUAUUCAUGCUUUGAGGAUAUGUGAAGAUAUGCUUGCCCAUGGUUUCUUACCUUGCCGGUAUAAUCUUAACUCGUUGCUUUGCUUGUUGUCCGAAGAAGACAAAUUGCAUGAAGCUCGAGUGCUACACGAUAUGAUGCUAAAUAAGUAUGUUAAAUGAUAUGAUACUUGAAAGACGAAAAUUUCUUGAUGAAUUGGCAAAGAGCUUUCUGAUUGAAUCAUGGUGUAAGCAAAUAUAACAGGGGUUGGUUUCACAGUGUAGAGGAAAUAUAGGAUAAGAUUUCUGAGAUUGAUGAUAAUGCAGAAAGGAUGUGAAAGGUUAUACAAGAGAUCGAUAUAAGAGAAUCAAAGUUGACUGCUGAAAAAGAAACAAGUAUGAGGUAAAACCUUGUCAGAGAAAGUAUAUGCUCUUUCUUGUGAUCUUGUGAUAUGCUGAAAAUCUCAACACCCAAGAAGAGAAUGCUGAAAAGACUCUGAGAAGUACUGAAGAAUUAAAGCAGUCUAUAGAAGAGAGGGCCUUUGCUAUAAAAAAAUGCUGAAGAUGGAGAAUCUGGUCUGAAAAAGAGAGUUAAGGGACUUUCUAUGAAAGUUUGGAAGAUAACGAAAAGAUUGCCAGGGUGUGUUAGCUGCUAAAAGUAGCAGUAGUGUGGAGGAAUGGCUUGAAGAUCAACUAGGUCAUGCCAAAGUAGCUGUUGGAAAUGCAGAAAGAUUUUGAAAACAAAAAUAAGCCAUUCUGAGAAAGAGCUGAAAGAGAAAAUGCAUCAGUUAUUGGUUAAAGCAUGAAGAAGUUGUUGCCAUUGAAAAUGAGCUCAGUACGAGAAAAAAUGUUGUGGACAAUGUUAAAGUAGCUUUGGAAUCUCUUCCCUAUGCAGAUAGGCAGAUGACAAUCUUACAAAAACGAUCAACUGAGUUAGAGAUGGUGCAGAAGUUGAAAGAUAAAAUUUGAAUUCUAUCUGCAAAAUUUGCUAAUGUGGAUUUCACAUACCAUGACCCUGUGAAAAAUUUUGAUAGGUCGAGGCUGAAAGGUUUGGUUGCUGAACUCGUUAAACUGAAGGAUAGCUUGACAACGACUGCCUUGGAGGUUGCUUCAAGGGGUAAGGUUGUUGUAGUAGACACAAAGUACUGGAAAAUAACUGCUUCAAAAUGGUGAUCUUCGAAGAAGAGUUAACAUUAUCCCUCUAUACAAAAUCAAUCCCAUCCUGUCCUUCCUAAGGCUAUUCUAAAUUUUCAGGUUGGCAAAGGGAAUGCAGAAGUGGCACUAUCUUGGGUAGCAUAUGAUGAGGAGCUGAAGUCCUUGGAGCAAACCAUUGAUCAUUACAAAAGCCGAAAAGACGCUGCCAUAAAUCAAGAGCCAUCGGACAAUGAAGAAGGAGAUGAUCUGCCGAUUCUGAGUUCCUCUUACACAUCACGCACCAUUGAGGACAAAGAAAGUGAUUAGGCCUUCUUCUUUGGAAAAGAUCAUUAGUCAUGACACCACUUUGAGUUAGGGACCACAUGAAAAACUUCACUUUAUGGGGAACAUCCGCUUUCCAAAUUUUCUUAUGAAGGGAGAACAAAGGAGCGGAAGGCUCGUCCAUGAGUUUGCCAAACAAAGAUUUACAAGAAAAAACCCCUGAAGAGGUGAUACUCGAAAUCCUUUUAUCGUUAGAUAAAGAUAAAGAAAUCCCAUCAAUCAAUGACAAUGGAGUUUUUUUAUGGUAUUACUAUCCUUUUGUUGUUCCUUGAAUCAUUGGUGUGUUUAGUGAUGCUGGUGACCAGCCAAGGUUUUGUGCAAGUGCAGUUGAGUGUUAGAAUGUUUCUGGAAUGUUUCUGGCAACUGACUUUCGUAAUGUUAUGUUAUGUCAUCCUGAACCGUGUUUAUCUGGCUAAGAAUGACCAGAAUUCCAAUAAAAAUUCAUGUGUCUUUUGUUUUUGGUUGGAUAACAAACUUGGUUUGGGUUAGUUACAUUUUGUUUUUAACUCAAGGACAGUUGAUGUGUGAUGCAGAGUGCUAUGGAAUUUGCAUUUGGUCCAAACUAUUGAUGUAGUGAGGGAGGAUGGCUUAUGGAGCACCUCUAUCCCUGUUAGUAGGAACUUAACACGCCGGGCUCACAAGCGGGGUUUCACAAAAUGUAUUCAUCAUUCAUUUUGUUUUUAUACCAGUGAGUGAUGUCAGCCAAUGACCUUAUCUCACGAAAUGUACUGAUUCUGCAGAAAGCAGUAUAUUAUGCAUCUUAACUUAUUGACUCUUAUCAUCUCAUUAUCCAUUCAAUUUAUGAACUUAAUAUCUUUGGUGUUAGUCGAAA